AAGAUAAAGACGCCCACUUCAAUUUGGUAUUUAUAAAUAUUUGUUUUCUCUUCGUACUAAGAAAACCAUACAGUUUCAUUUCAUCAGAUCAUCGGAGUUUGAAGAAAAAGUUUAUUUUCAGAGAUAAUAAUGGGUUCGUUAAUGGCUGGUUGGGCGAGUGAUCCGGAACAAGUGAGUCACCGGAGGAAUAAAUCAUUGACGAGGGAAGAGAUUGAAGCGUUUUGGAAAACGAAGAAACAGUUGGAGGAAGAACAUCUGAAAGCCAUUUUAAGAGAUCCAUUGGAGAGCUCUGAUGAAAUUAAAAAGGUGGAAUUUGGUGGAAAUCUUCAGAGAUCGAAUUCUGUGCCUCCAUUAAAUACAAAUAAGAGUUUCAUGGCCAUGGAAUCUGAAGCUGACUUAGAGGAGAAGCCCAAGAAAAAUGGCUGGUGGAGAAGGAGCAACUGGGCAUUUCUAAACGAACCGCCUGUGACAGAAGGAUCUGGUAACAGGUACGUAUCGCAGUUCCACGUGGCAAACGUGGCGGCUUCCAAAUUCGGUCGCGGUGGAGUCAGUGCUGCUUGAGAAACCCGAAAUCUGGCUGCGUCGGUGUGUGCGUGCAAUAGGAAUUAGGAUAAUGUGAAUAAGCUAUAAAAAGAAAAAGAAAAAGGAUUGUAAAUUAAUUAGUUUUGGAGAUCUUCUGAAGUUUCAGUGAACAGUUUGAUUAAACUUUUGUUGUUGUUGCUGUUUUUUUUUCCCCUUUUUGUAACUAAUUUAUGAUCUAUAUUGUGGAAGGUCUGUGAAAAUAUAUUUGGUUAUUUUAUCUA